AUGAUUGCUGAAGCGUUGCCGGCUGUCGGCAACACUGUGCGUAGCGUCUUCUCGUCGCGGCACCCUCUGUGGGCGUCCUCGCCGCCGGUCCGCCGCGAGCCCCAGCGAGACGUGUUCUUCCUGAAGACGCACAAGACCGCCGGCUCGUCGGUGCUCAACCUGCUUCUGCGGAGAGCCGAAAGCGAGGGCCUCAACCUGGCGCUUCCCAGGGAGGUGGAAAAACACAUGAUGGGCUACCCGCAGACCUUCUCGCCGCAAAAGCACUUGCUCAACUACUCGCAGUGCGGGCUGCGGCCGAACCUCAUGGCGCUGCACAUGCGCUACAACGAGACCGGAGUCAAGGAGGUGAUGCCCCCGGGCACUGUGUACGUGACGAUAAUGCGACGUCCAACCGACUUGUUCGCGUCGCUCUUCUACUACUUCAUGUUUGACAACAUUUACGACGCCAACCUGACCGACUUCCUCAGGGAGCCCUUCUUCGUACAGACGGUCCGAAACGCCCGUCUGCACGAAUCUCUGGGCUUCAACCAGAUGGCUUUCGAUCUUGGCAUCGACGGCGACGACUUGGCGGGCCGCGGCAGCGACGACGAGGUGUCCCGGUUCGUGCAGUCCGUGGACCGAGACUUCCACCUCGUCAUGAUCGCCGAGCGUUUCACCGAGUCGGUGGUGCUGCUGCGCGAGCUGCUCGGUUGGCAACUGGACGACAUGGUCGCAUUCAAGCACAACGUGCGCGUUCACCGCUAUCCGCCACCUGCGGAGGACGCAGUCAGGAUCCUGGAGAGGGCGAACCGCGUGGACGAGGCGCUGUACCGGCACUUCGCGGCCAAGCUGGACCGCCAGGUCGAGGCGUUCGGCCGCGGCCGCAUGGAGGCCGAAGCGGCCACGCUCGAGAGCCGCACCGACUUCUGGUACCGGCGGUGCGUCGGCUCGACCAAGUUUCGCCAGGAGGAGGCUGUGUUCGAGUACGCGAUGCGCGCGAACGUCUCGGAGGGCGAGCGCCGCAUGUGCCAGCUCCUCACGACGCCCGAGCAGGCGUUCGUGAAGAGGGCUCGCACGCGGCUGUUCGCGCUCUGCCCGCAGGCGUCGCCGGCGACGACGACGACAGUGGCGGCUUCGACCAGGCCGGACCGCGGGCCGAGAUGACCGGCAAAACGAAAAACUAUCAACUCCAAACAAAAAAUACUCACCGCGCAUUCUUUCUUUUUGUUUCUUUCCCCUUUAUUGACAAUUCGCUGUUCGCUUCAA